CCAGAUACAGCAUCAUUGACGACAAUGGAUAAGGAGCUCUCUGCUUUCUCCAGCUGCUCCCAUCUCAAUGGCUUCUCUCCAUUCACCUCAUGGCCCUUUGUUCGCCUCCAGUUGCCUCCUGGACAGCAAAGCUGAGGACUCCUUUUCAACCUUUGUGUUGCCGAGAGACGAGCGGGAGCCAGACAAGCUCAGGUUUGACCUGGAUGCCUUGCGCUUCUAUGGAGAUGAGCGUUCCUUGAUUUUCAUCACCUGUCACCUGAAAGUUGCUGCAGUGGAUCAGGGAGAUUCCAGGAACAAAGCUUGUAUUUUCCAGAAGCUGCACAAGGUCUGGACCCCACUGGAGGAAUCAAACAGUGACAUUUGUGCCUGUUGCCAUGUGGGGAACUGUGGGAGCACAAGGGAGAUCCUCUUUCCCUCCAGAGGUAGGAGAGACUUUGGACCUGAACAUGAGAGUGAAGCUGGAUUGCAGUGGGAGGGUGAGGCCUCUCUCGGCCCCCUGCUCAUUCUGGAUCCUGAGCUGAUCAGCCUCGCAACUGAGCCCCUGACUGAGGUUUAGCAAAGGAUGCAGGAGAGGUCUCCAGGUGUGCAGUCUGAGCUGGUUGUGAUGGUGGCCCUGACAGUGACAGCUGCCUCCCUGAUCUCUGCUUCAUUGAUGGCCUUGUUCCUGUACAGGAAACAACAGCAGAUUCAACUAUUGUUGGAACAGUCCAAUAAAGCAGUGUUUCCUUGUC